AUGGGCCAGCAUGGUGACAUGUGGAAGGGCAAGAGGACCAAGAUCCAUGCGAGCCGAGUUAUGAUGCAGGGCUGGAGGUCUACCCUUCCUCCCAGGGAGGACAGCGAAGGUGGACUGCUGGCCUGCCCUCUGGUGGGUCUCAUUCUCAGGGAUGGAGAAAAUGGCGCCUAUCAGGUCCCAGAGGAUGAUCCCCCUGCCUUCGGCCCGGGCCCCAUAGGCGAGUUGAACAGGGUGUGGUGGGGACCUUUCAGAAGGAGGUGGGAAGGAGGUGGGAAUGGGGAGGAGUCUUCUGGUGGCAAAGAAGACGCACUGAAAUGUCGCAGCUCCACGCCCCAGUUCCUCAGGACCUUCGUGUGCACCCCAGACCAGGCCCCACUGCACCCCCGUCAGCACCCUCGCUCCCACAGACGAGGUUCCGGGCUUGAUCUUCAGCGCUCAGCCCGGUGGCUGCGGGUGACAGGGGUCUCCGUCGGGGCGCCCAGAAGCUGUCGGAUCGUGUACGCAGCGCCGGAGCGGGAAAUUCCAACCCGGCCCAAAGUGAUCCAGACCUCCGCAGCUAAUUUCUCCCUAAAUAAUAGUAAAAAGCUGAAGCCAGUUCAAAUACUUUCCAACCCACUGUCUACCUACAAUCAGCAACUGUGGCUCACGUGUGUUGUUGAGUUGGAUCAAUCAAAAGAAACAUCUAUUCAGACGAGCUUUCUCAUGACGGUUAAAGUCGACGGCGUAGCUCAAGAUGGAACCACCACGUUCAUUCACAACAAGGUUCACAAUCGGACGAGGAUGCUCACCUGUGCGGAGAAGUGUGCAGAAAUUAUUGUGGCUCACCUCGGCUACUUGAAUUACACUCAGUACACCGUGACUGUGGGGUUCGAACACCUGAAGCUGGCCAUCAAGGAGAUGAACUUUACAUGGAAGACGUAUGACCCUGCAUUUUCCCAGUUGGAAAUUUGGUUCCGAUUCGUCUUUGUGGUGCUUACCUUCAUCGUCACUUGCCUGUUUGCACAUUCCCUGCGCAAGUUUUCCAUGAGAGACUGGGGGAUGGAGCAGAAGUGGAUGUCCAUUCUUUUGCCUCUGCUGCUGCUUUACAAUGAUCCGUUCUUCCCCCUCUCCUUCCUCGUGAACAGCUGGUUCCCAGGCAUGCUGGACGAUGUCUUUCAGUCUGUGUUCCUGUGUGCCUUGCUGCUCUUCUGGCUGUGCGUGUACCAUGGGAUACGGGUUCAGGGAGAAAGGAAGUGUUUGACUUUCUAUUUGCCCAAAUUCUUCAUUGUUGGACUAUUGUGGUUGGCUUCUGUUACACUGGGAAUAUGGCAGACAGUUAAUGAAUUACACGAUCCAAUGUACCAGUAUCGAGUUGACACAGGAAAUUUUCAGGGAAUGAAGAUUUUCUUCAUGGUGGUGGCAGCUGUGUAUAUUUUAUACCUUUUGUUCUUGAUAGUGCGAGCCUGUUCUGAGCUACGCCACAUGCCUUAUGUAGAUCUCAGGUUAAAAUUUUUGACUGCAUUGACUUUUGUAGUACUUGUCAUUAGCAUCGCCAUCCUUUACUUAAGGUUUGGAGCACAAGUAUUACAAGACAAUUUUGUAGCAGAACUGUCAACUCACUACCAGAAUUCAGCUGAGUUCUUAUCUUUCUAUGGCUUGUUGAACUUUUACCUCUACACUUUGGCCUUUGUGUAUUCUCCAUCCAAGAAUGCCCUGUACGAGUCCCAGCUGAAAGACAACCCGGCGUUCUCCAUGCUGAAUGACUCCGACGAUGAUGUGAUCUAUGGGAGUGACUAUGAAGAGAUGCCCCUGCAGAACGGCCAGGCCAUCCGGGCGCAGUACAAGGAGGGGUCUGAGAGUGACUGAGCCCGGGCCGCCAGCAGCCGACUGUCGUGCAGCACCGCUUCCCGACCCUGCGCUCCUGCUGGUGCUCAGCCUGGUCUCGUGAGCAGACGUUUCCCAGUCCUUACUUGUUUACGUAGUUUUGAAAGAAAAACAAAACCAAGGACAAAUUUAGACGUUGGGCCAAAUUUAUUGUUAGAGUAGCUGCGUUUAUUUGGGAAGAGAGGCGCUGGGAAAAGUGUAAACAGGCAGAUCCUUUUUCAAAGAUUUCAGAUGAGAAAGGGUUUUUAGCGGUGAGGGGGAAAUUACUCCUGUUUUUAGUAGAGCUUUUUUUUUUUUUUUAAAUUGCUAACUCCAAGUCCCCGGAGAGCCUUAUGAAUGAAGUCCUUGGCAUAGUGGCGUUCUCUCUUCCUUUCUUCUCUGCCCUGUACCAGUUUCGACCCUUUAAGGGAAGCCUGUUUUUGUCCUGUGUCUGGAUGACCACACGUGAAGUGACGCGUAACUUCUGUCUGUUGUAUGAAAUUUGCCAGUCACGUCUCACUGGAGAAAGGGUGGGCAGGCUGGUUCUAGCCCUUCACUGCCCCCCACCCCCAAGCCCGGGACAGCGGUGGCAUCGUGGGCUUCUGAGGAGGACUGGGUGAGCUAACUGACAAGUGCCAGCUCUUGGUGGGAGAGAUCUUGCUGCCCUAGUUUUCCAGAGGCCUAUGUACACGCGUGUGCGCAUGUGAGGGUUACACACAUGAACGGUUGUCAUUGUGAUUGGGGUGGGGAAGAGGGUAUCCAUCACAAUUCCCAUAAGCUGUAGUUUCCACAACUCCAUUAGAGAGGACACCCUGUGGAACUUUAUUUUUUUUGUAAAAGCUAAACAAAGGAUCGAUAAAAUAUUAGUUUCUUUACUGCAAAACAGUUUUUUCAGUUUCUCAUUUGGAACCUAGAUGAAAGAUAGUAAAACAUUUUCGAUGACUUGUGCAAGCACAUCUUUGGGUAGAAGGGGAAUCAUGCCCCGCCCUCCCGGCCUCCCACGGUGGCCUGGGAAGAUGGCGGCUUGUCUCCAGUUGCUGGAUCUGUGGCAUCGCAGACGGCCCCGGAGAGCUGCUGGUUCCCCGUCAGAGACGAAUAGGCGUCUGGGAUAGUACCUCCUCUGCUUUUCCUUGGACACGCCUCGUAAUGUCUGUCUUGACCCGCUGACACACCAUCGCGGCUAACAUCCAGCUUGAUGGCAGGGCCUAGGCUAGGAGUGCUCCGCUCUACGAACAGUACCUACGUGUUUUCUUCAUCUAUGCAUUAACUCUUAGAUUACCAUAGCUAAAACUCGGAUUCCACUUGAGAUAAUGCUGGGACCUUAGAGAGGCUCAUGAGAGACUAUUCGUUAUGACUUCACCUGUUUAAUUUAAACUCUGCUGACAACGUACCUUUAAUAUGGACUCCAUUUGUAUUUGUUUUUAAAACCCUGUAAAUAUGAAAGUUUCAAUUAAAACAACUGUAUUAGUGCAAGGGUAACUCAAGUUUACAUGGUUUUUACAUUUUCAGUGGUGUGAUUACUUUUUCUGAUUGCAUUCAGGAGUAUUGGAAAAACUUUUCUGUUAACCAAAUUUUUCUUCUAACUAUAAAUAAUUUAAUGUAUAUUGAUGAAAACUUAAUUUGGGCUGGUUAAUGUAUUCUAGUAUGUGAUAUAGAUUAGUUUUAAUCAUUAUAAAAUAACUGUCCAUAAUUCGGAAUGCUGUUAUUUAUCAGUUAAUGCAGACUAUUUGAGACAUUUAGCCAUACACAUUAGAACUUUUUAAAACUUGUCUUUGUCCUAUAGUGUAAUUAUAAACUGACUGGUAACUUCAUACUUGACUCUUCAUGGUAUCAAGUCAAUGAAAUGAAAAUAUGGGAGUAUUUAUUUUCAAUCUCCUCUCUCUGGUGCAUCAUAUGUAUCAACAAAUUACUCCAUGUAAAAGUUUGCGUGAAGUAUAUAGCACUUAGCAUGUACCAUAUAUGCCGUAGGUAUUAGGUUCAAACACUAAAGUCUGCCAGAAACUUGUGACGGGAGCAAAAAAGAAUUUUUUUUUUCCCUUGGAGACUAUCAAAGUUUUGCAAACUUAAAUUCUAAGAGGGCUGACUUUAGUUCUUGCAUGGUAAUGGUUGCAUAACAUCAUCUUUGGGAUAUUUUUAUACUGGUCCAGUCUAGGGGAGUCUGGAAGAUGCCCGCCGGGAUUUCAGUUUCCCUAGGGAGAGCAUCAUUAUCCAUGUGGGUAAUAGGUCUGCUUGAUUUAUUCUUAAAUCAUUACAGCAGUGAAGUGAUGCAGUUCUCUCUCUCUUAAGCCCCAUUUAAAAGGCUAGAGAAGGGGAUAUAUAAAAUAUAUUCAAGGUUUAUAAGAUUGUUCCUACACAUAAUUACAGAUGGCAAUAAAAGUUUAGAUAUAGUAUGUAAACCCAGCCCACUAAACGGGCAGGGUACUAGACAAAUGUAACCAGCCUCAAGUAUUUCGUGAACUAUUUACUGAAGGUGCAGUUAAGUGGUGACGGUGCGGUCCGUGACUGUCCCUGGACUCCUCCUCACAGGGUAAACCACGGGCGCUCAUAGACGGGAUGAUGAAAAGGGACCGCUAGUAUGUACUAGAGUUAGGUCACUAAAGAGUAUUUAUGUAUUUUGAGGAUUUUAGAAACCAGUUGCCUUAGAGGUUAGACUUUUGGAAAGGAAAAAAAAGACGCACAUUUUUCCCAAGGCCAAAGGGACGUCACUUUAGUCUGUGACAUCUUGUUAUCCUGUUCAUGUUGCUCGGACAUGUUUUAGAUAUCCUGGUAACUAGAAUACCACACAGUGAAACACAGAAUUUUCUGCUACUGAAAACUGCCUUUUUACAAAAAGCCUGUAAAUAUUUGUAAAAUAAAAAUGCCUUUAAGCUCAAAAGGAAGGGACGAACUGUGUGUUAGGUGUUAGAGCUGUGUGAGCCCAGUGACACCUGGUCAUAGGAUGGUCACCGUAAUCAAGCAAAAGUGAGUAAAUGUUUGUUUAUGGCAAACUUACACUUUGGGAAUGGCUUCAUUCUGAGACCACCUUUCUGGUAAAUGUUAAUAAAUUUGAAAUAUUUGGUCUUA